UAAAAUAUAACAAAUUAAUUCAUACGUUUUUAGUUUAUUUAUCUAAUAAAUAGUCCAUAUAAAAUAAAUUGGGCAUGCGUUAGUUAUUUGUUCGUCCUGAGCUAUGAAAAACCCUAGGGCCAGUUGCUGAAUCGGAGUUGGGUUGAUGCUAAAGACAAACAGUAAUGAACUCCGCUUCCCAUGUCUGAGCAUUCCCAAUCAAAACCCCAAAACCCAUCUCGAUCCCUGAUAAUCUCCGAGCGGUAGCCACUAGCCAGAGCAGCGGCUCAUGUUUCGCUGCUCAUCAUCGUCUCCCGCAGAUCAAUGAUUCUCCGCGAGAGGGUUUCAAAAUCCAUUGCCAAAUGCAGCUGUAGAACCAAUUUGGACGCGGUCAAGGUAAGCCUCCUCAUCCUAUCGUCUUCGUUUCAUCACUCUCCCUGUCCCGCCUACGAAAACGGCGCCGCGAUUGCAAAACCAACCCUGGAGACCUUUCUCGGCAACUUGAUUUUGAGAACUGUUGAAGAGAAUCGCCGGGCUUUUGCCAGCAAGAAUUGGGUCGUCAUUGAAGAACUGCGAGCUGUGGUUCUUGAUCCUGAGUUGUUUGUAGGAGUUCUCAACUCGGUUCGUGGCCGCCCAAGAGUGGCUCUUCGGUUCUUCCGAUGGACUGCGGCUCAACCGGGGUUUAAGCCGUCAGAAUUUAGUUUUUGUGUAAUGCUAGAAAUUCUUGUUCAGAAAAAUUUGAUGAGUUCGGCUCACUGGGUGAUGGAGAGGGUAUUAAUUAUGAAUUUGCAUGGGAUUGCGGAUGUUUUGAUUGAUGGGUAUUUGAAUGCAGAAGUUUCAAUUAAGAUAUUGAAUCUUUUAUUAUGGUUGUACACUAAGAAGUCAAUGGUUGAACAAUGCCUGUCGAUGUUUGAUAAGAUGUUAUGGAAGGGGUUCUUACCAGAUGUGAAGAAUUGCAAUAGAAUUCUUAGGAUUCUUAGGGAUAAAGAUUUAGUUGGUAAAGCAAGGGAAGUGUACAGAAAGAUGGGUGAGUUUGGGAUUAAACCAAGCAUUGUAACGUUUAACACAUUAUUGGGUUCAUUUUGUAAACAAGGGGAAGUACAAGAAGCACUAGACCUUUUAUUGGAAAUGCAAAGAAGGGGUUGUGCCCCAAACGACGUUACAUAUAAUGUACUGAUCAAUGGUUUGUCAAAGAAAGGGGAAUUUGACCAGGCCAAAGCGCUGAUUGGGGAGAUGCUGAACUUGGGAAUAAAGGUUUCCGCUUACACUUAUAACCCUUUAAUUUGUGCAUAUUGUAUAAAGGGAAUGCUUCCUGAAGCUCUGGCACUUGGUGAAGAGAUGCUAAUUCGAGGGGUUUCACCAACCACCUCGACUUAUAAUACAUUUAUAUGUGCCAUGUGUAAGCAGGGAAAUUUAACUGCUGCUAGACAGAAGUUGUCUGACAUGUUGAGGAAUAAUUUGGAACCAGACGUAGUCUCCUACAACACUUUGAUAUAUGGUUAUUUUCAGCUGGGUGACAUUCAGGAGGCUCUUCUGCUAUUUGAUGAAUUAAAAAGAACGAACAUCACUCCCACUGUUGUUACCUAUAAUACUAUUAUAGAUGGCCUUUGCAAACUGGGAGAGUUGGAUAAAGCUAAGCUGCUUAAAGAAGAAAUGAUAAGUCAUGGAAUUUGUCCUGAUGUUGUUACUUAUACAAUUCUUAUAAAUGGUUCUUUCAAGGUGGGAAAUAUACAAACAGCGAGGGAGUUCUUUGAUGAAAUGUUGCAUAGAGAGUUGGAGCCAGACCAUUUCGCGUAUACAACACAGAUAGCAGGUGAACUGAAGCUUGGAGAUGCAUCCAAAGCAUUUAGUCUACAGGAAGAAAUGUUAGGAAGGGGCUUUCCACCUGACCAGAUCACCUACAAUGUUUUUGUGGAUGGGUUGUGUAAAUUGCGCAAUUUUGAAGAAGGAUGUGAAUUUUUGCAGAAGAUGGUUCGGGAUGGUCUCAUGCCUGAUCAUGUGACAUACACCAGCAUCAUGCAUGUGUACUUGGAAAUUGGGAAUCUUAGAAAAGCCAGGGAUCUAUUUCAUGAGAUGCUGAGUAAAGGCCUAUCCCCUUCAGUUGUGACAUAUACAAUGUUGAUUCAUGCUCAUGUUGGCAAAGGCAGGCUAGAACUGGCAUUUUUGUAUUUCUCUGAGAUGCAAGAGAAGGGUGUCAUGCCAAAUGUGAUAACGUACAAUGUGCUGAUAAAUGGUCUUUGCAAAUUGAGAAGAAUGGAUCAGGCUUACAGAUAUGUUGCUGAGAUGGAAGCAAGGGGGGUGCUACCUAAUAAAUAUACCUACACGAUAUUAAUAAAUGAGAACUGUAACUUGGGUAAUUGGCAUGAGGUUUUGAGAUUGUAUAAGGAAAUGCUAGAUAGAGGGAUUCAGCCUGAUUUGAUUACAUAUGGGGCAUUGUUUAAGCAACUAGGAAAAGACUAUAAAUUGCUGGCAGUUCAGUACCUAGAACAUAUAAUGCUUGGUAGCAAAGAAAAUGCUGAAGCAAAGACUUAAUAAGAUGUAUGACAGACUGUUUAGAUAUCUCAAACGUUGGCAAGGUGUAUAUUAAAUCUUUUGAGAACUUUGUCUUCUCAUAGCAUUCAGUCAACUGGAAACUGCUGGGAAGAUUCUUUGGAUGGCUUGGCUGGUAAGAUCCAACUUCAUGGGAAGCUGCAAACAUUUAGCUUAGCACUUAUUCAACAGGCAGUGCUAUUAUUUCCCUUGGAUGGAUCCAGCUGCAAAUAUGUGAAUUUUGGCAACUCAGAAGAUUAACAAGCCAAUAUUUGCCCGAUUUUUUAAUUGCUGCAAGCUGCAUAUUAACUAAAGCAGCCUCAGGUUGGACCUUUGGUCAAUUUUACCAGAGUCCAUGCACUGGAAAGAUUCAAUGGCAGGUGUGCAAAGUGUGAAGCGGAUCCAAAUAAUUUUUAGGUGGAUUAUAUUGCACUCUUCCUUUUUUUUCUGAUAAAUAACCAACUAUAAAGACAAAAAGACCUCCUUCAGGGGCAACCAUUGUACAAUAUAGUCAGAUUAUAUUGCUCUUCC